ACGCCUCUACCGCUGCUGAUAGCAUCGGACGAAGAGCGACAUGUUCGACACGUUAUUCGCCAAUGCAGCAGGUGGCGACCGUUUCUAUGGGAAACCCGAACCAAUCUCGCCGCACGGCGGCCCACCGGGAAGCCCGCUAACCUCGAAGGCGCUAAUCCUCGGAGCGGCUCUUGCGGCGGGAGGAAUAUUCGGGCUGUUUCAGCUUCGCCUCCUGCCGAAGUCGUGGGGCCCGUGGGUGUCGAAGAUAUACUUUUGGCCGACGCUGCCAUUUACCAUGAUCAGGGCGUUCGAUAACUACUGGACCAAGAUGGAUGACACGGUGUACCUGGGCGCAGCACCGGUUGGUUUCCUUGGGCAUGCCGACGCUCUACACGCGAAGGGCGUCGUGGGAGUGAUCAACAUGUGCGGCGAGUACAGAGGGCCGCUGGAGGACUACGCGCGGCUGGGAAUUGAGCAGCUCUGGCUACCCACCGUGGACCAUGAGGAACCCGAACUGGCGGACUACGACCGCGGGGUUGCCUUCAUCCAGAAGUGGAACAGCAAGGGAGGCAAGGUUCUGGUUCACUGCAAGGCUGGGCACGGAAGGAGCUCCGCGAUUGUUAUGGCCUGGCUACUGGCCAGCAAACGGAACACCACGCCUCUGGAGGUGCAGCGACAAAUGUCGUCCAAGCGGAGGGUACGCACGUUCCUCUACAAGCAGCUCAACUUGCGCUUGUUCUACCGGAGCCUCCAGACGUCCGCCGAUGGCACCGGCAAGGACCGAGAAAACGUUGCCAGAUAG